AUGGCCAUUCAUAGCUACUUGUUAUUGAGCCUCCUGCUGGUUUUCGGCUCUUGUUUUAAUAGCCUAGCUGAUGCUACACAAUAUGACACGGGUUCGUUUAACCGCAAGAAUUUUCCUGAAGAUUUUGGUUUUGGGGUAGCAUCAUCAGCAUACCAAUACGAAGGCGCAGCAUUUGAAGAUGGCAGGGGACCAAGUAUAUGGGAUGUUUACACUCAUAAAUUUCCAAGCAGGAUACCUGAUGGCAGCAAUGGAGAUGUCGCCGUAGAUUCAUAUCAUCGCUACAAGGAGGAUGUUCAGAUUAUAAAAAAAAUGGGGUUUGACUUUUACAGAUUCUCAAUCUCAUGGCCUAGAAUAUUGCCAAGCAUACAACCCUUUGUUACGCUUUUCCAUUGGGAUCUUCCACAGGCUUUAGAAACUGAGUAUGGAGGAUUUUUAAGUGAUAAAAUUGCAAAACAAAAAGGCAAGAUAGGGAUUACAUUGCAAUCAAAUUGGUAUGUGCCAUUGUCUGAUGCUAAAGAAGACCGUGAGGCUGUAAGACGAGCCCUCGAUUUCAGUCUUGGAUGGUUUAUGGAUGUAUUAAGCUGGGGUAGAUAUCCGAGUUCAAUGAGAUCUCUUGUAGGGGAAAGAUUGCCCAAAUUCUCUGAGAAACAAGCUGGUUCUAUAAAAGGAUCGUUUGAUUUUAUUGGGUUGAAUUAUUACACUGCCAAUUAUGUGGCACAAAAAUCUCAAUCUAAUAAUACACAUCCAAGCUACGACGGAGAUUCCCUUGUUGAUUCCUUUUUUGAUCGUAAUGGAGUCCUCAUCGGUCCAACGGCAGGCUCAUUUUGGCUUCAUGUUUACCCAAGAGGAAUUUACGAUCUUUUGCUUUACAUAAAGACGAGAUACAAUGAUCCAGUUAUUUACAUCACCGAAAAUGGUUUUGAUGAAACUGAUAACCCAAAAUCGCCACUAAAGGAAGCCCUUACUGACAACCAUAGGAUCGAUUAUUUUUAUGGCCAUCUUUCUUUUCUGCAAAAAGCCAUCAAGGAUGGUGUCAAGGUGAAAGGAUAUAUUGCUUGGUCAUUAUUGGAUAACUUCGAAUGGGUAGUGGGAUACACAUCACGUUUUGGUCUGAAUUAUGUCGAUUUCAAAGAUGGACUAAAAAGAUAUCCUAAACUCUCAGCCCAAUGGUUCACAGAAUUUCUCAAGAAAUAG